GUCCCCCGUUGAACCCCGUCGUGAGAGGACUUGGUCGAAAGGUGAAACGCACGGUGAUCGCGCCGCGAUAUUUAAUCCGAGAUUCGGGGCCCGCGAGGAAACCAAUCUGCCGUAAUAUCGGGGCCCAACUUUUUCGGCGAGGGCCUUAAUUCCAAGGAAAUUUAGGGACAUGACUGCCAAAAGGACACGCCGCGUUUGCUGAUAUUUAAUGCUGCGCGUUGAUAUGAUUGCGCGCCCUUAAAAGAUUUUUUUUUUUUUCGUUGAAUCUGGAUACGUCUAUGGACUGUUAUAAUUUUUAUUUUAGUGAUAAUCAAGGAAGUGCGGCGAACUUUAUUGCAGAGUGAAGUGCUGGUGGUGUAGAGGAAAGUGUUUUUACCUAUAAAGGAAACCUCUCCGAAUGGUGAACGACGUGAUGAGCGAGUACGAGCGCAUCAAGCGAGCGUGCUUGAAGAGCGGGGAACUCUGGGAAGAUCCUGAAUUUCCAGCAACCCAAGCCUCUGUCUUCUACCACCAAACGCCCCCGUUUCAAUUUCAGUGGAAGAGGCCCAAGGAACUCUGCAGCAGACCAGUUUUCGUCAACGAUGCACCGACACAGUUUGACGUCAUACCUGGAAAAAUGGGUGACAAAUGGCUGGUGUCCUGCCUCGGAGUCCUUCACCUCAGCAAAGGACUAUUCUACAGAGUGGUCCCAGCGGAUCAGGGCUUCGGGGGCACAACCGAGCUACCAGGAUCACCGACUGCCGAGUACGCGGGUGUCUUCAGGUUCCGGUUGUGGUGGUGCGGGGCCUGGGUCGAAGUCCUCGUCGACGAUCGGCUGCCCGCCGUCCAUGGAAGACUCGCCUUUGUCCAGAGCCGGCACAGCGACCAAUUCUGGCCUGCUCUUCUCGAAAAGGCUUACGCCAAAUUGCACGGGUCCUAUGAGGCCCUUAAAUACGGCACCCUGUUGGACGGACUCUCGGACCUGACCGGGGGAAUCACCGAAAGUAUAGCCAUUCGGCAGGAUCCUACUGGCUGCGGGCGAGCCCUGGCCAAACUGUUGGACAUGACUUCUCUGAUCACAUGCACUGUAAACACGAGCCAACAACAGAUUCGUUCAAGUACAGAGAAACUCGCAAAUGGAGUACAAAUGGGCAUAAACUACAGACUUUACGCUGUUGAACGGGUCGAAACCUUCAGCAGCGAAGCUGUACAGCUUGUAAAAUUAAGGAAUCCUCUCGGUCCAGGGGGAGAAUACAUCGGUGCUUGGGCUCGAGGUGGUCUUGAAUGGGACGAAGUGCCGCCGGUGGAAAGAGAGCGAUUGGCGGUACGAAACAUGGCCGAAGGAGAAUUUUGGAUUUCUUACUCGGAUUUUGUAAAGACAUUCACUCAUCUGGAAGUGGUACACCUCGAUGCUGAGACCUCGCGGGACGAACCUUCGCUUCAUAGUAAAAACACCUGGCAGAUGAAACUUUAUCAGGGCAGCUGGAGGCGGGGAGUUACGGCGGGAGGAUGUCGAAAUAAUCCAGAAACAUUCCACAUCAACCCGCAACUGCACUUAAUCCUCAGCGAAAUGGAGGAAGUUAUUGUAUCUUUGAAUCAGCACUCAAUCGUGGAACCUAAGGUUGUAGGUUUCACGGCGUACACCUUACCAAAGAAUAGCACAGAGUCGAUAAACAAACAAUUCUUCAAGAAAAAUAAGUCACUGGUAAACUCCCAGUACACAAACAGCCGGCAAGUCAGCCACAGAUGUCAGCUGGACCAGGGUGGUUAUCUCCUUAUUCCUACGACAUUCGAGCCCACCCAAGAAACGAGUUUCACGCUUAGAGUUUACAGCAGCAAACCUCUGAAGCUGAAAUUACUCGAUACUCCACCGUCUCUGAUAAAACCGGCCAUCGUUAAAGCUCACGGUCUCGAAGGAAAGGGAUUUUCGCAGUACGAGGCGGUAUUUCUUCAGCUUGCCGACGAGCACAAAACCGUGAAUGCCUUUGAGCUCCUGGAACUCCUGGAGGCUUGUCUACCGAACGACUACAUAAAGAGCUGCGCCAGUUUGGAAGUAUGCAGACAAGUCGUCCUUACGAUGGAUAGUUCUGGUAGUGGGAGGUUGAAGUUCAACGACUUCAAAGAUCUGAUAUCAAGCCUGAAGUUCUGGCAGCACUCGUUCAGAAAUCAUACGAAAGAAAAGACGGGCAUACUCAAAGCGGAAAGACUUAGAGACGCACUCCUAGAAGUUGGCUUUCAACUGAACACGGAUGUCCUGUCGAUUCUUGUUCUCCGAUAUAUGCGGAAAGAUGGAACUCUGAGAUUUGGCGACUUUGUGUCUGCGAUUCUACACCUUAGCGUUGCUUUCAAUAUAUUCGAGAACAAAGACCCUCUACAAAAUGGUACGAUAAAACUAGGAUUAUCAGAGUGGCUCCGGUCAUCUUUAAUGUGCUGAAAUGUGAUGGCGAUUUACGAAGACUAAAUACAAAUACCUGAGUGUAUUUUUCGGACGUUGUAGAUAAUAUAAUAAUUGCAAAAGAAACAGAACUUGCUGUUAGUUAUGAAUUAGCCAUAUUAAUGAUUAAUCGUUACUGUAAUUAUUCUUGACGAACCUCGUCGUGAAGUGAUGACGUUUAUGUUGAACUUUACAGUUGUACGUAUACGAUGAUAUGACUAAACCUACCAAUACACAUUGAACUCAUUCCCUAUGCUCUCAUACGAUGAUGAAGUCAAUUUGUCUUUGAGAACCCAUGUACAAAAACAUACCGUACCUAUAAGCAUGUUGUACUCAUUAUUAAUAAUAAUUCUAUUUUCUA